AUGUUGGGAUUAACUGUAAUAUAUUUACCGAUAGAGGUAAAUGAUUUAACACUGGUGGAUGCUUGCGUUGAUAAAGAGCUAAUCAAGAGAUUGAAUAGAAUUGUAUUUUAUUGGACAAAACAAGUAAAGCAUACGCUGACUGAUUUAGAGCAACCAAAUACUCAAACUAGUCCGCUUUGUGUUGAUGACGAAUAUCAAUUCUGGAUAUCUAGAUGGAAUAAUUUGUGUGGUUUGAGUUAUCAACUAAAAAAUUCAAUAGUUGAAAAAACAAUAAAUAUUCUGAUAAAAACGCAAUCAAUACAAGCUCAACAAUUUAUGGAACUGAAGAAUAAAAUAGAACAUGGCAAAGCAGAAGCGAAGUCGAAUAUUGAAUUUUUGGAGAUUUUAAGACACCCUUGUUCUGAGUUAUUUGAUUCCAACAGUUUUAAAUCUAUGGUGCAGCAUCUGCCAAGAAUUCUAUAUCUUUUUCGUUUUAUUUGGCUGAAUUCGCCUUUUUAUAGUAUUGCUGAACGGACAUACCACUUAAUUAAACUGCUUAAUAAUCAAAUUAUUAUCACAUGCUCCAAGUUUAUUAAUCUUGAUGAUAUUUUUGAAAAAAAAAUUACUAGAAAGAGCAUCAGUACUUUGAGAGAGUGUAUCCAAGUUUGUGAAGUUUACAAAGAGCUUUAUCUUAAGUUUGCAAACGCUCAAAAUACCUUGACAUCUCAUCCCUGGGAUUUGAAUGUUGAAGAAGUAUUUACAUUUCUUGAUACUUUCAUCAGUCGAUGUGGGAACUUGAUUGAAAUAUGUCAAGCAAUGAUUGAUUUUGCUCGGUUAGAUGAAACUAUUGAAAUUCUGUCACCAGUUUUUAGUGGUACUGAAGGUGUAACUCAUGGAAAAGUUUGCACGAGAAUUGAAAAACUUUUCCUAGAACAUCUACAACAGCUUAAACAAAAAGCAGACAAGAUUUUAAAUGUUCAAGAUUCAACAUGGAAUCAUGACAUGUUUAAGUUCCGUAACGAGAUGAAGGAAUUAGAUAUGAUGAUUGAGAAUCUUGUAAACAAAAUAUUUCGAAAGCUGAACAACAUCCGUGAAGGAAUUAGCAACCUCUAUGCAUUCCAUACUUAUAGAAAUAGAGAAAACUUGAAGACAUUAUUUGAUUCGGUGACGACUGAGGUCUGGAGACUAUUUACGAAUUAUAUGCAAGCAAUGAAGCAAGAAAUGUUAGAAGAAAAAAAAAUAUAUCCGUUUAACACCCCAUACUUCGCCGGAAGAGCCAUAAAUUUGCAUUUGAAAAGGAAGAGGCUUGAUGUGAUUCGCUGUCUCUUCACCGCAGCAAAAUGGAUGGACCAUUGUAGCAUUAGCGAAGAAGUCUAUCAUCAGCACGAAAUGCUGGUUGGUUCUAUAAGAGAAACGAUCGCUGGUCUUUAUCGUCAGUGGUUGGACGACAUAGGUGAUAAUCCGAAGAGUCGACUCGAUCGAUACCUGAUGCGACGAAGUGAUGAUAAGCCCGGAUUGCUCGAGUCCAACCUCGACCCUGAUGUGUUGAAUUUAUGCAGUGAAGCCAACUAUUGGCAGUACUUUGGCUUUCAAAUGCCUCUCGGCGUGGAAAUGAUUUAUGACAAUAUAGAUAUGCUGCAGUUUGUGUCUGAAAGUAUUCUUACUCUCGUUUUAGCAUACAAUAGAAUAAUAGAAGCUUUUUCUCCACAAGAGAAAUCAUUUUUUCGGUAUCUCAUAAAAAAUUUGGAUUCUAAGAUUCAACCUGGAUUGUCCAAACUCACUUGGAACUCUGAAUAUAUUGAAGCAUAUGUUGGAAAGUGCUGUGAAUAUGUUGCUGACCUACAAAAUUUUAUAGACACCUACAAACAAUCCAACUUGGAAAUAAUGAAAAUUUGUGAGCAAAUUUGCAACACUUCAAUAAUAGAAAUAAAGCACAAUUAUGGGUACGAGUUGUUGGAGCUUCAAAAUGAAAUGGAAACUGUGAAAAAAUCUGCUGUUCGUAAUUUAGAAGAUAAAUACAUCAACAUUAUUCAAUAUCUUCUAGUAAUAUAUGAAGGUUUUGAAGCAGGAAUAUCAGAGAGCACCAUGGAGUGGAAGAAUUACCUGAUUAAUUUAGACACGAUGCUAGAAGAAGCUUUUAAGCUCUGCUUAAAAAACUCACUGAACACGAUGUAUUACGCUUUACAUGGCGAUGGAAUAAACGAUCCCUCAGCUUUACUUGUAGUCCAAGUUAAUCUUAUCGACAACAGGAUAAUUCUCAUACCACCAUUUAAUGAAGUUUCAAAAACAAUUAGUAGUAUUUUACAAAAUCUACUGGAGCCAUUUAAGUCGAUACGAAGAUUACCUGAAAAGUUUGGCCUUGGAAGUUAUGGAGUCACUAGCUUCUGGAGGACAUUCAAAGAAGAUGAGACUUUCAUUGAACUUCAGAAAAAGCUUGAUGAAGAAACUUCUUACUGUUUUAAUCAAGUUCAGAUUUAUUUCAAGACUUGGGAGCUAUUUAAUGAUAUAUGGAAUGUCGAUAAAGACAUAUUUAUUAAAAGAUACGAAACUUUAAGACCAAAUGCCGUUUCUUUUGAUGCUGAAAUUAAAAAAUAUGAAGAAGUAGCAAAUGACGUUCAAAAUCAAGAGUCUGUCAUGACUGUUCAUUUUCUGGAUCUCAACUCGGACCAAUUGAAGACAGCAAUAAUAGAACAUUGCUCCCAGUGGCAGCAGAAACUAACGACUCUUCUUUUUCGUAUGACUCAAGAGAUGGUUGAAGAAUUGUACAAAUAUAUUGAAGACAAUCAGAAACGAAUUACUGAAGUACCAAAGGAUUUAAUUUCGAUGCAAACUAUGUUACAAUUGUUUGAAAGACUUCAAGUUGAGGUUUUGGAGAAGGAAGAGGAAUUUCCGAGAAUACGUGAACAGUACCAAACAUUAGAAAAAUAUGAAGUACCAUUGACAUUAAUAUUCAAAAGAAAGGUGAAAGAAUUAGAAAAAAUAUGGGCGAAAUAUCUACAAGCACUUUCAAAUUCUAAUAUCAUGAUUUCUGAAUCGAAGGAACACUUUAAAAAUGAAGUCACAGAACAUACGAAUAUUUUUCAAGGAAAUACAAAUGAGAUGACAAACAAAUUUUAUGAUCAUGGACCAUUUACAUCUGAAUGGAAAUCUAUUGAAGAAUUACUGAAGUAUUACAUUAUUUUUGAAGAUGCUUUGAAUUGGUUAAAAAAUUAUCGAAGUGAAGUGGAACAAUUAGAACAAACUGAACAGCAAUUAAAACAAAAUCAUCAAAUCCUUGAAUUGAGUUUUAUAGAAUCAACAGAGCUCAUGGCAAUGAAGAAGGAUUUAUUUGCUAUUGAGCUGAUAUGGCAAUUGACAAAAGAAUGGGAUGAAGCUUGGGAACGUUACAAGACAGGAAAUUUCUGGAUAAUAGAAAUCGAUGAAAUGGAAAUAACAGCAAAUAAACUGUUGAAAAAAUUGAAAAGACUAUCAAAAGAAUUACGAGCAAAAAACUGGCAAAUUAUUGAUUAUACAACUAGUCGUGUGGAUCAAUUUCGACGCACUCUUCCUCUGAUAAUUGAUCUGAAGAAUCCAGCAAUGCGUGACAGACAUUGGGAUAAAAUUAAAAUUAUAGUUGAUCAGAAUUUUGAUGAAAAAGCUGAAGAAUUUACUCUUGAUGCUAUUGUUGAUAUGAGAAUUCAUCAUUUCGCUGAAGAAAUUAGUGAUAUUUCUAAUCAAGCUUCAAUGGAAUUGGGAAUUGAAUUGAACUUGAAUAAUAUCAUUGAAGUAUGGGAACAUCUCAAAUUAUCAAUGACAUUCAAUAAAGAAAGAGCUAUUUAUAGACUUCACUCAACAGAUGAUAUUUUUCAACUACUAGAAGAUCACCAAGUUCAAUUAUCAGCAAUGAAAUCAACAAGAUUCGUUGAGCCGUUUGCAGAGGAAGUCGAUCAAUGGGAACGAACUUUAUCCACUAUUGGAGAACUUCUGGAAAUCAUCCUUGUUGUUCAGAAAGAGUACAUGUAUUUAGAUAAUGUAUUUCACACAGAAGACAUUCGGAAGCAACUACCGAAAGAAACUGUAGACUUUGACAAAUUGAUGACUGAAUGGAAGAAUAUUACAACUAAGAUGGCGCAAGCAGAGAAUAUUCUUGACUCAUUCGAAGAUUCAGGAAACUUGCUCCAACGUUUGAAUGAACUCAAUACCUCCAUGGAAUCUAUUCAACGCUCUUUAGAGGAAUAUCUUGAAAACAAGCGUCACAUAUUUCCUCGAUUUUAUUUUAUAUCAAAUGACGAUCUUCUUGAAAUUUUGGGCCAUUCAAAACGUCCAGAUCUAAUUCAACCACACAUAAAUAAACUCUUUGGAAACAUAAAAUCUCUGAAAAUAACCAAGUCAAUACCAAGUCGAUAUAACGCCGAGGGAAUGUUUUCGAGUGAAGGAGAACACGUAAAAUUUCUUCAACCAGUGGUAUUGGAAGGACUGGUAGAACAUUGGUUGUGUAAAAUUGAAAUGGCAAUGCGGGACUGUCUUCGAGAGGUUCUACGUCAGUGUCGAGCUGCACUUCGAAAAGUCCCGAAUAAGCAGGACAAGUGGGUGAAGGAAUGGCCGAGUCAGUCGGGAAUAACGUCCUCUCAGAUUCAGUGGACUAGCGAAUGUACUAGAGCAUUGGUGCACUGUAAACUUAUGAAUUCAAGGAAGCCUCUAAAAAAAUUACAUAAAAAACAGAAUCGUAUACUUGCUCAGUAUACUGAUGCUAUACGAAGUGAUUUAGAUAAAUUACAAAGAGUGAAAUUUAAAGCCAUUAUUGUCAUUCAGAUCCAUGCAAGAGAUGUGAUAGAAAAAAUGUACAAGAAUCGUUGUAAAGAUGUCACAGCCUUUGAAUGGAUCUCUCAACUCCGUUUCUAUUGGGACAAGAAUUUAGAUAACUGUGUCGUGAGGCAAACGAAUACCUACUUCGUAUAUGGCUACGAGUAUCUGGGCAAUUCGGAACGUUUGGUCAUUACUCCACUGACGGAUAGAUGCUAUAUAACUUUAACAACUGCACUUCACUUGUGUCGAGGAGGAAGUCCAAAAGGUCCAGCAGGUACUGGAAAAACUGAGACAGUAAAAGACUUGGGGAAAGCGUUAGGAUUCAAUGUAAUAGUCCAAAACUGUUCAGAAAGUUUGGAUUACAAAAGUAUGGGAAGACUCUUUUCCGGACUGGUUCAAACGGGAGCUUGGGGUUGCUUCGAUGAAUUCAACAGAAUCAAUAUCGAAGUGUUAUCAGUCAUUGCCCAGCAAAUCCUUUCAAUUUUCUCAGCACUUUCUCAAAAGUUAACAAGAUUUCUUUUUGAAGGAGUUGAUAUUUCACUUGUUCCAACUUGUGGUAUCUUUAUUACUAUGAAUCCUGGAUAUGCAGGUAGAACUGAACUUCCAGAUAACCUUCAAUCCAUGUUCAGACCAAUUGCGAUGAUGGUACCAGACAGUAGUAUGAUAGCAGAAAUCAAUCUUUUUGCUGAAGGAUUUGAGAACACGCGAGCUCUAGCUAGAAAGGUAUUCACGUUAUAUACAUUAGCACAGCAGCAACUGAGUAAACAGCACCAUUAUGACUUUGGUUUACGAGGAAUAGUCACGCUAACACGUUAUGCUGGAAAGAAAAGACGUCAGUUUAGCAAUUUACCGGACGAGGAGAUAAUUAUUCUUUCAAUGAAAGACAUGAACAAAGCCAAGCUUACAGCUGAUGACCUACCUUUAUUUACUGGCAUCACAUCAGAUCUUUUUCCAGAUAUUCAAAUUCCUUCAGUAGACUAUGAUGAAUUUUUUGAGUUUGCUACUAAAGAAGCUAUCCAAUUAAACUUACAACCUGUCCCAAUGCUAUUGACAAAGGUUGUUGAAUUAUAUGAGACCAAAAAUUCAAGGCAUUCAACAAUGAUUGUUGGCCAGUCGAAUACCGGUAAAUCAGCAACGUGGAAAGUUCUGAAAAAUACAAUGACAACAAUGAAGAAAGAAGCGAAAAUAGGAUUCAAUGCAGUCUACGAAUAUCCCAUCAAUCCGAAAGCACUGAACUUGGGGGAAUUGUAUGGAGAGUAUAAUCUCUCGACAGGAGAAUGGUCAGAUGGCGUAAUAUCCUCUAUUAUGCGAAAGACCUGUGCGGAUGAUACUCCUGAUGAAAAGUGGAUUUUGUUUGAUGGUCCAGUAGAUGCGCUAUGGAUUGAAAAUAUGAACAGCGUGAUGGAUGAUAACAAAAUAUUGACCCUGAUCAAUAAUGAAAGAAUAACAUUGCCACAUCAAGUAUCCCUAUUGUUUGAAGUUCAAGAUUUAGCGGUAGCUUCUCCAGCCACAGUAUCACGUGCCGGAAUGAUUUAUCAUGACUACAAAGACCUUGGAUGGCAUCCGCUUGUUAAUUCAUGGCUUGACAGACAUCGAGACAAACCGGAGUUUGUUGAAGAAAUGGAUAGAUUGUUCAAACAAUAUGUUGAUAAAGUGUUAACAUUCAAAAAAGAAAAAUGCCACGAAAUAAUACCAGUCUCUGAAUUAAAUGCUGUUGAAAGCCUUUGCAAAUUAUUAGAAGUACUAGCAACUCCUGAAAAUGGAAUGAAUAGUACUGAUGAUAGAGAUAAUUUUAAUUUAAUGUGUAAAUUGUGGUUUUUGUUCUGUAUGGUUUGGUCACUCUGCGCUUCCGUCGACGAAGAGGGACGACAGAGAAUGGAUAACUACAUCAGGGAAAUGGAGGGUAUUUUUCCACUCAAGGAUACAAUAUACGAGUAUUACGUUGAUGUCAGACAACGUAGUUUUAUCUCAUGGGAAGAAGAAUUGUCAUUGAGUUGGAGAUACGCUGCAGAAACUCCUUUUCAUAAAAUAAUUGUACCAACUAUUGACACUGUCCGGUAUAAUUACUUGACGAGUGCACUACUAAGGAAUGAGUAUCCUGUUCUGUUGAUUGGACCUAUUGGUACCGGAAAGACUUCAACAGCUCAAUCAGUUUUCGAAUCUCUAGAUAGAACACAAUACAGUCUUCUGGUAAUUAAUAUGUCGGGUCAGACAACUUCGAGGAAUAUCCAAGAAGCUAUAGGAGCUAGAGUAGAGAAACGAACAAAAGGGAUUUAUGUUCCACCAGCCGGAAAAAAACUUAUUACUUUUAUGGAUGAUUUUAAUAUGCCUUCACAUGAUACGUAUGGGUCUCAACCUCCCCUUGAACUCAUUCGCCAAUGGAUAGACUACAAAUUUUGGUACAACUGCAAAAAACAGAGUAGAAAGUAUAUCAAAAACAUGCAGUUGAUGGCUGCGAUGGGUCCACCAGGAGGAGGACGUAAUGAAAUUUCCAAUCGAUUGCUAACAAAGUUUAAUGUAAUUAACAUGACUUUGCCUACAGAAAAACAAAUUGCUAGGAUAUAUAGUACAAUGUUGAAUCAACAUUUGUUUGAUUUUCAUACUGAAGUGAAGAAAAUCGCAAACGAAGUUACUUUGGCAACAAUCAAUAUGUAUAAUAAUGUCGUAAAAGAAAUGUUACCUACUCCUGGAAAAGUACAUUAUUUAUUUAAUUUACGGGACAUAUCUAAGGUAUUCCAAGGUCUUCUUCGUAGUCACAGAGACUACCAAUACUCUCGAGAAUCCUUUCUUCGUUUGUGGAUUCACGAGGUAUUCCGAGUAUUUAGUGAUCGGCUGAUCGAUGAAGGCGAUCGAGAUUGGUUCAUUUCGCAGCUGAAUGAACAGCUGGGCAAAUACUUUGAACUCACGUUCCAUAAUCUAUGUCCGGAAAAACGUUGUCCUAUAUUUGGAAGCUUUAUAAAUGCUUGGAAUAUAUAUGAAGACCUAAAAGACAUAGCAACAGUACGUCGUCAUAUAGAGGUACAAAUAGAAGAGUAUAAUACAUCUCCUGGAGCUGUAAGAUUGGAUCUGGUACUCUUUAGAGAUGCUAUCGAUCACAUUUGUCGCAUAAUACGUAUUAUUUCUCAGCCACGUGGGAAUGUACUGCUUGUCGGGAUGGGAGGAAACGGUAGACAAUCUCUAUCCAAAGUUGCCAGUUACAUGGUUGAAUUGAAAAUCUUUCAAAUUGAAGUAACCAAACACUACAGAAUUCUAGAGUUUCGGGAAGACUUGAAACGACUCUAUGCAAUGACUGGGGUAGACAAUAAACCCACAACUUUUCUCUUCAACGACACUCAAGUUAUGGAAGAACAAUUUCUUGAGAUUAUCAACAACAUGCUUGGGACUGGUGAAGUUGCCAACUUGUAUAAAACAGACGAAAUGGAAGAGAUUAAAAAGAGCCUAACAAAAGAAGCUGUGAAAGCUGGAAUCUCACCAACACCCGAAGCUAUUUAUCUCUUUUUUCUAGAACGAGUACGGUCUAAUGUCCAUAUAGUCUUGAGCAUGAAUCCGAUUGGUGAGAAUUUUCGUAACUACCUUCGACAUUAUCCGGCGAUCAUAAAUUGUACGACGAUCGACUGGUUUUUGCCAUGGCCUAAAGAAGCUCUUUUAGAAGUAGGCAACAAGUUCCUCAUGAAUCUAAACCUCAUUACUACUAUCACUGGAGAGGAUAAACCCACACGAUCAGCUGCAAUGCUUCCGGUGUAUUCACUUCAAGAUCGUAUGGUUGAUGGCAUUGCUUCUACUUUUGCCUCAGUACACGAAUCUGUCAUCCACCACUCAAAGAGAAUGGCUGCAGAAAUGAAGAGAUACUGUUACGUGACACCGACAAAUUUCCUUGAACUAGUUGUCGGAUACAAAAAAAUGCUAGAGUUUAAGAGACAAGAACUUGCGGACCAGGCAAACAAACUUAAUUCAGGUCUCCACAAGAUUGACGACACCAGAAAGAAAGUAAAUGAAAUGGCAGAAGAGCUUGAAGUAACUCAACAACAGGUGCUUAAAGCUACCAAAGAUUGUGAAGAAUAUUUAAUAACGAUUGUAAAUCAACGUCGUGAUACCGACGAAGCACAGAAAAGUGUUACUGCCAGGUCUAUUCGUAUUGAGAAAGAGUCUAAAGAAUGUAAGAAGUUAGAACAACUAGCACGUGCUGAUUUAGAAACUGUGGAACCAGCAUUAGAUGAAGCUAUGAAGGCACUAGACACUCUCAACAAGAAAGAUCUUGCCGAAAUAAAAUCCUUCAGUCGACCACCCCCCAAGGUCGAGAUAGUGAUGGAAGCGGUCAUGAUACUAAAGAAUUCAGAGCCAACUUGGGUGGAAUCCAAGCGACAACUUGGCGACGUCAAUUUUUUAAGUUCACUACGGAACUUUGAUAAAGAUCAUAUAUCAGAUAGAACACUAAAAGCAAUUGGAAAAUAUACCUCAAAUCCAGAAUUUAUUCCAGAAAAAGUUGGUCAGGUAUCCAUUGCAGCAAAAUCUCUCUGCAUGUGGGUAAUAGCAAUGGAGCAAUAUGGAAAGCUCUACAGAAUCGUAGCACCAAAGCGAAAACGACUAGAGUCUGCUUUGAAAUCUCUACAAGAAAAAGAGAAAGCAUUAAAUGAAGCUGUUGCCUUGUUGCAACAGUUACGUCAAAAAUUGGAAAACCUACAACAAAUUUAUGAUACCAAAAUAAAGGAAAAGGAGGACUUAAUUAGACAAGCAAGCACCUUGAGUAUAAAAUUGGAACGAGCGAGAUUGUUGGUAGAUAGUCUUUCAGGAGAACAUCUUCGAUGGCAAGAGACAGUACAAUCUUUGAGACAACUUUUUGAUUUAUUACCUGGUAAUUGUCUCAUUUCCUCUGCUUUUGUCUCGUAUUUGGGACCUUUUGUGUCCAAUUAUCGUGAAGAGCUCGUCGAGUUUUGGAUGAAAGAGAUACAAGAAAAGAAAAUUCCACACACCACUGAACUCGAUGUAAAACAAUUCUUAACUGAUCCAACUACGAUAAGAGAAUGGAACAUUCAGGGUUUACCAUCUGAUGAAUUCAGUACAGAAAAUGGGAUCAUUAUAACCCAAGGUACACGAUGGCCUCUGGUGAUUGACCCUCAAUGUCAAGCAGUAAAAUGGAUUAAGAAUAUGGAAGCACCAAAUAAUUUACGAGUCAUAGACUUACAAAGACGUGAUUUUAUAAGAAUUCUGGAACAAGCGCUACAAUUUGGUGAACCUCUAUUACUGGAAAACGUUGGAGAACAUUUGGACCCUAUAUUGAAUCCUAUUCUCAACAAGAAGUUCAUAAAACUUGGUAAUUCAUUGAUGAUAAAAUUCAAUGAUAAGAUGAUUAGUUAUAACGAUAACUUUCGAUUAUAUAUUACUACUAAACUUGCCAACCCGCAUUAUGCCCCAGAGAUAUCUACCAAAACUACAUUAUGCAACUUUGCCAUUAAAGAACAAGGUUUGGAAACUCAGCUACUUGGAAUUGUUGUGAGGAAAGAAAAACCUCAACUCGAACAGCAGAAGGAUAAGUUAGUUCUUACUAUUGCCAGCAACAAGAGAUUGCUUAUAGACUUGGAAGAUAAAAUUUUACAUUUACUGAACAUCACUUCUGGAUCUCUCCUGGAUGACUUAGACCUUUUAAAUACUCUACAGACUUCAAAAGUAACCGCAACUUCAGUUGAAGAGUCGUUAAUAAUCUCCGAGCAAACAGAGAAAGAAAUCGAUGAGGCACGAGAGGAAUACCGUCCCUGUUCAAAACGUGCUACGAUAUUAUUUUUCGUGCUUAAUGACAUGAGUCUGAUUGAUCCUAUGUACCAAUUUUCUUUGGAGUCUUACAUCAAUUUAUUCCAACUAAGUAUUGACAGAAGCCCCAAGCAUAUUAAAUUAAAUGAAAGAAUUAAUUCGUUGAAUGAAUAUCACACUUAUUUGAUUUAUAAGAACACUUGUCGCGGCUUAUUUGAGCAACAUAAACUUCUAUUUUCCUUCCACAUGUGUGUAAAAAUUCUUGAAGCUCAAGGGAAAAUGGUCUCUGCAGAAUACAAUUUUCUACUAAAAGGAGGAAUCGUACUAGACCGUGAAAAUCAGCCGGACAAGCCAGUGAACUGGUUACCAGAUGAAAGUUGGGACAAUAUCAGUGAACUAGACAAACUUCCAGGUUUCCACGGAGUUGUAUCUUCCUUUGAACAGUUCUCAAGGGAUUGGCACAACUGGUACAUUAAUACUGAACCGGAAACAAUAUCACUUCCAGGAGAAUGGAACGAAUUGUUAACUGAUUUUCAAAAAAUGCUCAUUAUUAGAAGUUGUAGAGCUGAUCGGAUAACAUUUUGUGUGUCGAGCUUUAUCAGAUGCAAUCUUGGAGCGAAAUUUGUUGAACCACCAUCUCUUGACCUCAAGGCAGUCCUUGAUAACUCAGUAGCACAAUCACCCCUAAUUUUCGUCUUAUCUCCGGGUGUUGAUCCCACAGGUGCACUAAUGCAAUUUGCCGAGCAUCAAGACAUGAGCUCGAAAUUUAUGACAUUGUCAUUAGGUCAGGGACAAUCACCUAUCGCGACAAGAAUGAUUGAAGUGGGAUCGAAAGAAGGAUGUUGGGUGUUCUUAGCAAACUGUCAUCUUUCAUUGAGUUGGAUGCCAACUCUUGAUAAAAUUAUUGAAGCUCUUAGCAAUAAUAAAAAUCUUCAUCCAGACUUUAGAUUAUGGUUAAGUUCUAGUCCAACACCACAGUUUCCGAUAUCAAUUCUUCAAGCUGGACUGAAAAUGACAACAGAACCACCGAGGGGAUUAAAAGCCAACAUGAAACGUCUCUAUAGUUUAAUUACAGAGAACCAAUUCGACAUUUGUCGGGCGAAAGAAAAAUACCAAAAGCUAUUAUUUACACUUGUUUUUUUUCAUUCUGUUUUACUUGAACGUAAAAAAUUCCGCCAGCUUGGAUGGAAUGUUGUGUAUAGUUUUAACGAUUCUGACUUUGAAGUGUCAGAGAACCUUUUGCAAGUAUAUCUAGACGAAUAUCCUGACACGCCCUGGAAUGCUUUGAAAUAUUUGAUAGCAGGUGUAUGCUAUGGCGGUCACGUAACCGACGACUGGGAUCGUCGAUUGUUGAUGACCUACGUCCAACAGUAUUUCACAGAAGACGUUUUGACCCAGCCUUUCUAUCGACUUUCAUCCUCACCAAUUUUCUAUGUACCUCGAAAUGGAUCUUUAGAUUCUUACCGAGACUUUAUUGAGAUGCUUCCGAACAGUGACAAGCCGGAUGCAUUUGGACAACACAUGAAUGCCGAUAUAACUUCUUCAAUAAUAGAGGCUAAGACAAUGUUCUCCACCUUGAUGAGUUUGCAAAUCCAAGUACCAUCUAAAGAGAAUGAAACUACCAAAGAGGAUAAAGUAAUGCAGUUAUCUAUUGACAUGGAAGCUAUUCUUCCGAAAAAUAUAGACUAUGAGACCACGGCAAAGCUGAUUGGACCAUCAAAGUCGCCUUUGAGCGUCGUUUUACUUCAAGAGAUUGCACGGUAUAAUAUCUUACUUGAAAAAACUAGAACAAGUCUUAGAGAUCUUCAACGAGGAAUCAAAGGACUAAUAUUGAUGUCUGAAGAGCUGGAAGAAAUAUUUACUAGUCUGUAUGAAGGUCGUGUUCCGUCAUCUUGGCUUGAAGCUUAUCCUUCCUUAAAACCACUCGGCUCUUGGACUCAAGAUCUCAUCAGCCGCGUUGAACAUUUCGCCAAGUGGGCUGAAACAACUCGACCACCUAUGUUAUUUUGGCUUGCAGCUUACACGUUCCCAACCAGCUUUCUUACCGCUGUAUUGCAAACAUCUGCACGACUUUGGAAUAUUUCCAUUGAUUCUCUUACAUGGGAGUUCAAUAUCUUCACUAAAACUGAAGCAACGAUUGUUGAAGAACCCACGGAUGGAGUUUAUAUUCGAUCUAUCUUCCUUGAAGGUGCGAGAUGGGAUUGGAAAAAUGGAAUUCUUAUAGAACCCACUCCAAUGCAGCUUAUAUGCGAUAUGCCUGUAAUUCAUUUUCUACCAUGUGAACAGUCAAAGAAAAAGUCUAAAGAGAUUUAUGCUUGUCCAUGUUAUUAUUAUCCACUCCGAUCUGGAACACAGCAUCGUCCUUCAUUCGUUGUCGCUGUGGAUUUAAAAUCUGGACAUGAAAGUCCCAAUUUUUGGGUUAAACGUGGAACAGCACUUCUAUUAAGUCUUUCAGUAUAA